AUGAGUAAUGCAACUCAACCUCAUGUGCCGGUGCACCCACCACCAUACUCAGAAACGAACCCCCGACGCCGAGAGGAAUGGGAAGAAUGGGAGGACGAUGAGCCUGUCACACCGAUCGAUGCCGGCGAGCAAGUCUUUCCUUCCCCUUUGAAUGUAUCAUCUCGAAACUCGAAGCAUUCGGCACGACGAUCAUCGAAGGCCUCCACUUCUAGAGCCAACCGGGUCAAGUCGCGACAAAGACAAAAAGCCCAAAACGCUAGGGCUGGUAUCAAGCUUAUCACGGACAUGUCAUCAUUUCGGCGCCAAAACUACAUGCCAACUCCAGUGGGGCGCACUGGCAAGUUCGUGGACGCUGCUGCGUUGAAGGCUUUGGAAGGAGAACCAACUUCGGCCUCAGUAGGAAACUGGAAUUGGUUCAAGAAGAACAAAGACCAAAGCCCAGCAACAGCUUCGCCCCAGUCAUCUGCCCAGCCAGCUCGUACUCCGGACAACAAGUUGUCACCGAAUGAUAGACCUAUCGUCAUUGGGCUGGCCUUUUCAUCUGAAGAUGCCGCCAGCUCUUCUCGGUAUGAUACCACCCCAACGCCCAUUGAACCACCAACACACCAAUACCUACCUCGGAACCCUGCUCUGAACCUGUCUCCCGCUCCUGUUCAGCAGAAGUCUGUUUGGUCACCCGACACGCCUGAUACUGUGUCUUCAUUCAGUACUAUCCGCCACACCUCGAGUAUCUACUCUCAGUUCCCAGCCCCUGGCACGACAACGAUAGGCAACGUCCCGCCUGUACCAGCAGUUCCAGCAAACUUCAAGAAAUCAGCUCAUCAGAGACUCAUCAGCCUGGAACUGGGUAGCAGAACCCCAGAUGACUCUGAUGGUGGUACUCCAUGCACACUUUUUGAAGAAGACGGCACUUCGAGCCCACACAAGCAACCAAAGGGCAAGGCAUCAGCACUGACGCCCGAUAGUGCCGCUUCGAAGUCCCGUGGCUGGUGGGAUCAUCAUGUUGUCACUCCCUUCAUGGAUAGCAGACUCACAUUCACUACCAGCCCAAAGGGGUAUACUGAUUCACCAAAGAGUAUUCGAGGGGACGAAUGGUGGAACAAACAGGAGAUAAAGGCUUCACAUGGGGAAUAUCUAACACCGAAGUUGAUUUCUGGUCCCUUUCAAACUCCCAUCGUAAGAGCACCAACACCACGCCGGACCCCAUCACCACGUAUCGAACAUACUCAAGAGAGUGAGUCUGGCCCUUCUACGGCGAGAGGAUCUCCCAUUCUUGAGGCGACACCCAUCUCCGAGAAACCAAAAAUUCUUAUAACAGAGGAAGAAGACGGCGUUGGGGAACAACUGCCUGCGUACUCGCCUCAAGAGAAGAAGACUCAAACAGCUCCAGUCAAAUACAAACCCGUCUUCCCACCUGGACAUCCUCUUCAAAGCCAGUUCCCGCCAUCGCCUGGUCCUAUAUCACCAGGACUCUCUUCUACCAUGUCCUCCCAGCGAGCUGACCAAAUGACCGAUAUCCCGCUCACACCUGCCCCUCGAGACAACUUGCGUCUUUCACAGAUGCCACUUCCAACACGGCCGCUGGGUACCUCAGUACCUCGUGAGUACUCGCAUGGUGAUGCAGACCAUGCGACCAAGGCCGAGCGUCAAAGGCGUCGUAAUGAGAAAGAAGAGGCAGUUGCUCGCCGCUUUGGUGGGGCUUGGAGAGGCAGAGGAUGUAUUCCCAAGAGUGGCUGCUUUGGCCGAACAGGACGUGAGGGUCGUCAGCGCCGCCGAGUUUGGAUGAUUGUUCUAGGGGUUCUUCUCGCCAUCAUCGUUCUGUCAAUCACAUUGGGUGUUGUUCUGACCCGUCCCAAACAUUCGGAAGAGGCGCCAUCAAUCUGGGUGAACUUGACAGAUUUCCCACCCAUGCCAACAGGAGAACUGUCGGUCGUUGGGCCGGACAAUGUUAUGGCCAGGAGCGGCUGCACUGAACCAUCAACUUUGUGGAGCUGCUCUUUGCCGAAGGAACAGCACGACUCGGUGAAGCCUUAUAAACCAGACCAGCCCACCAUCCUCAUGCAGAUCCAGUGGGAUAACAGCACCCGCGAGAACUGGAAGGUACCUAAUGAGGACCCGCCUGCUCUGAAGAGCCGUCGAAGUAUGGGGAGUGCGGCAUAUGCUGGAAGCACAAUUCGAGCACGGCAGACGCCCGACUUUGAGCCUAGCCCUGAUCCACCCAAGUUCCAAGAGAUGUGGUUUCUAGGAAAUACUUCGGAUGGCAUCAAGUCUGAUGAUAAGGCUGGUGAAGCAACACCCUUCUACAUCAGCUUGAUCGACUCGAUCGACUCGAUCGAUCGCAAGGAGCUUACCAAGCGGCAAGAUACAACAAACGAGAAUAUCAGUCUCCCUGAAGUUCUUCCAUCGCCUGAACUCACAGAGGAUGGUAAGCCUAAACCUGCUGUCUUGCUUCCCCAACCGACGCAACAGCCAGUGCGGCUCUAUGACCGUGGACUACCAACCGAGCACUAUGGCUUUUACACUUACUUUAAGCGAAGCCUUUUUGUCAAGUCAAUAACGGUUGUUCGUAACGAGAGUCAAAAGGUUCCCUUGGACGAAUCUGGCGGCAGCAGGGAGACAGAGGCUGACUAUGUUGUAACAUGGAGCGAGACACGAUUGCUUGUUCAAAUUUGGACUCAGUCUUUGGCCACGAACACAUCAAAGCUGGUUGAUCCUAAGGGGCAAGGCAGCAUAGAUGGUUCAGCGGAGCUCAUUCGACCGGGGACAAUGCCAUACCCAGUAACAGUGACCAUGGACACGCACGGGGGAGACCCAGGAAAGAAGUUCGUCUGGGCCUGGCCGAUUGAUGACAAACAGAAUAUUGAUGAGGAUAACCCCAAACUGCUGGCCAACAACAUGGCAACCAGUGGCACGUGGAUCAACAAGCGAUCCCGCGGCGAUGAAAAAUUUGGCGGAUUCGACGGCGGGACCGGAGGAUGUCAAUGCCAAUGGGUGAAUUGGGUAUGA